ACGUCCUCCGCCCCAACUUUGUUACCAAGGCGAUGCGCAAAGCAACCUCUAUGCUCAUGAUCUUCAUCCUCCUCAUUGCCGCCAUUGGCGUCAUCGUCUACGCCAAGGACACCCUCAGCAAGUCCCCGCCCGCGGUGGCCUGCCCCAACACCGUGUACGACGCGACUACCAACCCGGCUCCCAUGCUGAACUGCAAGGCCAUCUGGGACCUCGCCUCCGAGGACGCCAUCAACAACGCCACGUCCGAGACACGAAGAUCGGUGGACAUGUUCAUCAGCAACAUCAAGAACUACGAGAAGUGUGGCGACUUCAUCGUAAAAGCUGAUUGGGCCAGACCGAUGGACUCCAGCGCGUACGGCGCUUACACUGCGCCCGCGACCGGCAGCGCGUGGGACGGUGGGUUCCUGCCCAACUCCCAGGCGGAUGAGUGCGCCGCACUAACCUGUAAGCAGUGCUACUGCACCACUGUGGUGUCCUUGGCCAACCUCGGCGACCUCAUGAACGCAUACUUUGACUCCGGCGCCGCGGACAAGGCGUUUUGCAAGCCGAUCUUCGAUCAGAUCUUCCAGGAGGCGAGCGUGAUGGUCGGCACCAUCGCCAUGACCACGAUCACGAACAUGGUGCUCAUGAACAGCGCCGCAUUCUUCUCCGAGUUCGAGAGACACAAGACCCUGUCUGCCACGGAGGCCAUGGCUGCCACCUACACCUUCGGAGCGCUCAUUGUCAACCAGAUGAUUGUCCCCAUCAUCAUCUACUCUUUCAUCGAGUUCCUUGAGGGUUUCCCCGUGCUGUUCCAGGGAACCUUUGGCGACUUCGAGGCUGAAUGGUACAACAAGGUGAUGGUGAUGAUCAUGGGAACAGCAGUGACCAACAUCAUCGCGUUCCCUCUCGGCGCCGCUGCGCCCAACAUUGUUGCCUGGGUCAAGCGCAAGCUCACCGGCUGCAUGGCCCACUCGCAGAAGGUGCUCAACGAGAUGUAUCAGCCCGCGGACUUUUCCCUCGCCAAGCGUUACGGGCAGGCCCUCUGUGCACUGUACUACACCAUCGUCCUCUCCGCCUGCGCGCCGCCCCUCCUCGUCGCGGCGUUCUUCCUCUUCAUCAUCAUCUUCUACGUGGACAAGAUGAUUCUGCUCAAGUUCAGCAAGAGGCCCCCGAUGUACGAUCACAAGCUCAACGAGAUGUUCCUCAACAUGGCGCCGUUUGCCGCAUGGUUCCACCUCGCCAUCGCGACCUGGGCCUUUGGCUACUACGAGAUCCCGUCGUACACUAUCGGCCUGCCCUCGAUCGCGGGCACCGGUAUCGACGCUAACGCGGUCAGCAGCCAGUCGGCGAACGCGGAUGACAGCAAUGUGGACUACACCGGCGCGCCUGCGCAGUUUGACUUUAUGGCGCGCCUCAAGCGCCUCAACGCACUCGUCCCCUUCCUGUUCUUUGUUGUCCUGACCGUGUCGCUGUUCUUGGCCAAGCUUGUGGACAAGCUCCUUAAGCCCAUCUGCGGCGCCAUAUUCGGCAACAAGGGACCCGAGAAGAUUGACGAGGUGCCGCCGUUUGACCAGCUCAUCAUGCCCGGCCAGGUUGGGUACGAGGAUCCGGUGCCCGAGGGAGAGCUCAACAACAAGCUCUCCGGCCUCCGAUCCUACCGCAUCGAGGAUAACCCGAAGUAUGCCAAGCUGUUCCCGGAGGUGAUCGGUGGCGAGAGCGGAAGGCGCGAGACGCCCGCCAAGGCACCCAAGACGCAGAACAUGGCCUAAUCGUAAUAGCAAACCCCGUUUGCGUAUAUAUCAAGAAUGAUUCCCUUCGU